AAGGCAACCGUCAGAAUCCACUCGUCAUUUUUACGUGGAGUUACUUAUUCUUUCUGCAACUCGUCAUCGUCGUUUCACACAGUUGCGAUCAUUCUUCUGUACAGAAUGCGUAACAUUAUUUAUAACAUUCUACUCGUCGGAUUGUGCCUUGCUUUCGUCCAUGGUCGAAGAACUCGUAGACUGGAGAUUAAACCGAUAGUGGGCCGAUUCGAGCAUAGCGAAGAACCUCACUGGGAUCACCAGAGCCAGAAGCUUUAUUUCGUUGACAUCGAGGCGCAGAAGAUAUGCAGGUUUGGCCCCGCGACGAAGCAGCUUGCCUGCGUUUACAUACCUAAUGGGCCCGUUGGAAUGGUCAUCCCGGUCGCAGGAGAACCUGGGACAUUAGUAUUUGGCACUCGUACAGAUCUUGCUAAAAUUUCAUGGGACGGCACGAGCAAUAUCACGCGAGCGGAUCCUGAAAUAUUGACCGUCGUCGAUCGCGAUCGCAAUGGUACUAGGUGGAAUGAUGGAAAAGCAGACUCUUCCGGAAGAUUGUGGGCUGGAACAAUUGGGCCAGAAGUGAACGAGGUUGUUGUACCUAAUCAAGCAUCCUUCUACCGUAUCGGUUCCGAUCUUGUACCAAAAAGAGAAUUAUCUCCGGUCACCAACAGUAACGGAUUAGCUUGGAAUCUUCAAGACGAUACGCUUUACUACAUUGACACGCCUACGCGCAAAGUAGCGGCAUUCGAUUACGAGCCCAUCAAUGGAACUCUCUCUAACAAAAGGAUCGUGUUCGACCUGCAGAAGAGCAACGUUUCUGGACUUCCCGAUGGCAUGACCAUAGACAGAAAUGGAAAUAUUUGGGUAGCUCUGUACAACGGAGGAGGUGUGGCUAACGUCGAUCCUAGUACGGGUAAAGUGAUAAGAAUUAUCAAGCUCCCCGUUCAAAAAGUGACCAGUUGCGCUUUCGGUGGACCACUGCUGGAUACAUUGUUCGUUACAACGUCCAGCCGUGGUAUGACCCCGGAACAGCUGAACGAGGAACCGCACGCUGGUUACGUCUUCGCUGUAAAGGGCUUAGGAGUACAAGGGCUGGUCGCAAAUUCAUUCAAAAUGUAACGACCCUCUUUAUACUGUAACCGAUAAUGCAUUAAUAAAAAAAACAAUAAAAAUAAUUCAAAUUCUUCAAAUGAUAA